AUGCGCGCGUACUACAUAGAUGAGCUCCCCAGCGAGCAGUGCCUUCUGCACGACUCGGGCAAUGUCAUCGACGACGCGAUGCUCGAUAAGCUCAGCGUGCUGUGGUGGCACAUCCCCGUCGAACCGAGUGGUGAAUGGGAGGGCAAGGUGGAUGCUAUAGCCAAUGAGAGGCAAUACCGCAACCGCAACAUAUGUCUUGUCACCAAGGAGGGCAUGGGUGAAGACUUUGAGGUGACACUGAAGUGGUUAUAUCAUGAGUACGUGUUCGGUUUAGAUCUCCUACUGUGUGUUCGGUCUGCUGGUGCGCGAUGA